CUGUGUGGGUUGGGAGCACAGGCUAAUCCUCCAUGGACAAUUGAAGACCCUGGGCCCAGAGGUGUCUUCCUACCACAGAGCUCUCGAACAACCGGUCAUCUCCCAUGAAAUGGCGGGGAGUCCUGCCACUGGUGAACAAGCAACAGGAGACCUGGGAUAUGGGAAAACCUGGGGGUUUUGGGGGCAGCUGCUGGAAUCCAGGCUCCAGGCCCACAGGAAGGAGUGCGUCAUGGCUCUAUCUUCUCCCCAUCAGCCCUGAGGACAGUGGGGACAAACAUUUCCGCUCCAGGCGCAGAGCUGGGGUGGGGCUGGAUGACUUCCUCACUUCUGGGCUGGUGCGGGGGAGGGGAGGCCCAUGGGCUCAGCUGGUAGGAGCCAAGCCUGACGCAAUCCUGACUCCCUGACUCGAUGGUGACCCGAGGUCAGUCUCCUGACCCUUGCUGACCCAAGUGCCCUGAGGCUUGUCUCCAGCUGGCCACGCUUCCUGUGGGGCCCAGUGCUUCCAUGACUCCUCCCCACCCCCAGCAGCAGGUACAUUUCAGGGAUGCCAGGGGUUAUGAUGCCUGUGUCAGAGCUGACACCUUCUCACCUGACCCAGCUGUGGGAGGAACUGGGCCGGCUGUCCCAGGAAAGCCAAAUAUGCAUCCUGAAAACCACCCACGGGGAUGAGGAUUUUCCCAGCCGAGUGGGGUUUCCCAGGCCUAGCCAACCAGAUUCAGACGCAGUGUGCCUGUAGCGGGGAGUGAGGAACAAGAGGGCAGGUGGCCUGGCCCGGGUGCAGGACCCUGGGCAGAUGUGAGAGGCAGACCAGUUUUCCCUGCGCCUGUGGGGAGGGGGGCGGAGCCUCCUGCUGGGCCUGGCUCCAGUUUCCAUGGAAACCACAGGCUUCCCACCCUGUGGCUGCCUGGGCAAGUUCCCAGCCUGGGCCUCAGCUGGUGCUAAUCUCCUUCCCAGACCACAGGCUGCUCUAUCCUGGGCCUCCCUGGACUGCUCUCAGGGUCUGUCUCUCUCCCUGAGCCUCUGGCCUCCCUUCAUAGGCCUCUAUGCCUACUUCAGGAGCCUGGGCCUCUUGCAUUCUGUCCCUCAACUUUAGCCUCCUGACCAACAGGCUCCUUCCCUUUCUACUCUGGCUUUUCUCGGCUCCUCUGCUGCUGAAGGGCCUGGCACAGGGCGCAGCCAGCUGCUUCCUGUUCCAUCCCGCCCAUGGAGACCCCAGGACUGGUUGUGCGUGGGCAGGCUGCGCCCUUCUGCGCAGCACUCCGCAGCCUCAUCAACAACCCCCAGUACAGCGAUGUGUGCUUUGUGGUUGGCCAAGAGCGGCAGGAGAUAUUUGCCCACCGAUGCUUGCUGGCCUGCAGAUGCAACUUCUUCCAGCGACUCCUGGGGAUGGACCCGGGACCCAGGGUGCCUGGGCCCGUGGUGCUGAGCACGGUGCCAGCAGAUGCCUUUCUGGCAGUGCUGGAGUUCCUGUACACCAACAGUGUCCAACUGCAGCGCCACUCCGUGCUGGAGGUGCUGACAGCAGCUGUGGAGUACGAGUUGAAGGAACUGCGAGAGCUGUGCCUGGAGUUCGUGAUGAAGGUGCUGGAUGUGGAGCUGGUUUGUGAGGCUUUACAGGUGGCUGUAACCUUUGGCCUUGUGCCCCUGCAAGAGCAUUGCAUAGCCUUUAUAGAGGCUCACAGUCAGGAAGCCUUGAGGACUCGUGGCUUCCUGGAGCUGUCUGCCGCAGCGCUGCUACCCCUGCUGCGCAGUGACAAGCUGGACGUGGAUGAGGCUGAGUUGAUCCAGGCUGCCCGGAGCUGGGCGCGAGUGGGCGCGGCGGUGCUGGAGCGGCCUGUGGCGGAGGUGGCAGCUCCCGUGGUACCAGAGCUGAGACUGGCCUUGCUGGCCCCAGCGGAGUUGAGCGCUUUAGAAGAGCAGAACCAGCGGGAGCCGCUCAUCCCGGUGGAGCAGAUCGUGGAGGCAUGGAAAUGCCACGCUCUGCGGAGAGGAGACACAGCCCGGGGCGCCCCGUGCCGCCGCCGGAGGGGCACCUUGCCUCGGGAGCAUCACCGAUUUCUGGAUCUGCCCUUGAAGUGA